AUGUGGUUCCUGGCUCUGGGCCUUGCCCUGUCCCUGGGGGACACUGGUGCCAACCCUAUCCAGUCCAGGAUCAUCGGAGGCUGGCCGUGCAAGAACCAACAUCCCUGGCAGGUGUCUCUGUACAGUUACAACAAGCAUGAGUGUGGGGGCGUCCUGAUAGACCCCAAGUGGGUGCUCACAGCUGCCCACUGCAAAAGCGACCUGUACCAGAUCUGGCUGGGCCUCAAAAACCUAGAAGAACCUGACGAAACAACCCAGUACGCCCAGGUCAGCCUGGACAUCCAGCACCCCCAGUACAACGUCAGCCACAUGAAGAACCCCUUUAACGAGGACCAGUACGACUACAGCGAUGACAUCAUGCUGCUCCGCCUGAAGGAGCCCGUGCAGCUCACAGACACGGUGCAGGUGCUGGAACUGCCCACCAAGCCGCCCGAGGAGGGCAGCGUCUGCAUCGCCUCGGGCUGGGGCAGCCUGGACCCCAACGGGACGAUGUACCCAGAUGAACUGCAGUGUUUGAAUCUCGAAGUCAAGUCCAAUGAGGUGUGCGCUGAGGCCUACGCCCACUUGAUAGCGGACAGCAUGCUGUGCGCCAAGGCUCCCCGAGGAAAAGACACAUGUGUGGGUGACUCAGGUGGCCCCCUGCUCUGUGACGGCAUGCUCCAAGGUAUUACGUCAUGGGGCUCCAGCCCAUGUGCCGCCAGAUAUAUGCCAGCUGUCUUCACCAGAGUCUACGCCUACAACGACUGGAUCAGGGACACCAUGGCAGCCAACCCCUGA